AUGGAUAAAUUCCUCAACGAUAAGGAAAGAGAGAAGUCUAUCAGAUUCACUUCUCAGCAGCUCAGGAUUGCCAUCGAUAACUUCAGCAUCUUGUUGGGUUCUGGAGGAUUUAGAGCAGUUUACAAAGGGGUUUUCCCUAAUGGAACUAUAGUGGCAGUGAAGAUUCUAAGUGGGACUUCUGACGAGAGAAUUGAGGAACAAUUCAUGGCUGAAGUGAGCACCAUUGGAAGAAUCCAUCACUUGAACCUUCUCUGGCUCCAUGGUUUCUGCUUUGAGAGUAGCCUGAGAGCCUUGGUCUACGAGUACAUGGCGAACGACUCCCUUGACAUGUUCUUAUUUCGGGAAAACAAGGUGAUAGAUUUUUAG